UGUUGAGAAGACUAUCCUUUACCAGUCCCCGGACUCUUGGCCUUCCUCUGGGCAUUGUCCCAUCCCCCCCUUAUACCUCCCCCGCCUAAUAAUAUCCUUUUUACCGUUCAUCACCCUUGAACUAUCAUCAUGCCCGGUGGUGGUGUCAUGAUGCCGACGGCUGACACGGGGCGUGUCGAGGCCCCCGUCACCUUCAGGGCCUAUCUCAUGUGUGCCUUUGCUGCUUUUGGAGGUAUCUUCUUCGGAUAUGACUCCGGAUAUAUCAACGGUGUUAUGGGAAUGGACUACUUCAUCGAGAAGUUCCAGAAGCCUGGCCCGGGGCAAAGUUUCGCCCUUUCGUCAUCAAACAAGUCUCUGAUCACCUCCAUCCUCUCCGCUGGUACCUUCUUCGGUGCUCUGAUUGCCGGUGACCUCGCCGAUUGGUUCGGGCGUCGUACGACUGUCGUCUCUGGCUGUGUCGUCUUUAUGGUUGGUGUUGUUCUUCAAACUGCUUCGACCAGCAUAGGCCUGCUGGUAGCUGGCCGUCUAAUUGCCGGUUUCGGUGUCGGUUUCGUUUCGGCUAUCAUCAUCUUGUAUAUGUCUGAGAUUGCUCCUCGCAAGAUCCGUGGUGCUCUUGUUUCGGGCUACCAGUUCUGCGUCACCAUUGGUCUCAUGCUGGCCUCCUGUGUCGACUAUGGCACCGAGAACCGGAACGACUCGGGCUCCUAUCGAAUCCCCAUCGGAUUGCAGCUUGCCUGGGCCCUGAUUCUCGGAGGUGGUCUUCUUAUCCUCCCGGAGUCGCCUCGUUACUUUGUGAAGAAGGGAAACCUGGACCAGGCUGCCAAUGUGCUGUCCCGUGUCCGCGGUCAACCCAUUGAAUCCGACUAUAUCCAGCAGGAACUGGCCGAGAUUGUUGCCAACCACGAGUACGAGAUGCAGGUUAUCCCCCAGAGCGGCUACUUCUCUAGCUGGCUCAACUGCUUCAAGGGCAGUCUCUGGGUUCCCAACAGCAACCUGCGCCGUACCAUCCUGGGUACUUCUCUCCAGAUGAUGCAGCAAUGGACCGGUGUCAACUUUGUGUUUUACUUCGGAACCACCUUCUUCACGGACCUGCACACUAUCAACAACCCCUUCCUGAUCAGCAUGAUUACGACCAUCGUCAACGUCUGCUCUACCCCUAUCUCCUUCUGGACCAUUGAGAAGUUCGGUCGUCGCGCCCUGCUCAUCUGGGGUGCUUUAGGCAUGGUCGUCUGCCAGUUCAUCGUCGCCAUCGUUGGUACUGUCGAUGGAAGCAACCCCCACGCAGUCAGCGCCAUGAUCUCGUUCAUCUGCAUCUAUAUCUUCUUCUUCGCCAGCACCUGGGGACCUGGUGCCUGGGUCGUCAUCGGAGAGAUCUAUCCUCUUCCGAUCCGUUCCCGCGGUGUUGCUCUUUCCACCGCUUCCAACUGGCUCUGGAACUGCAUCAUCGCCGUCAUCACCCCCUACAUGGUUGACCCUGACAAGGGUAACCUCGGCGCCAAGGUGUUCUUCAUCUGGGGCUCUCUCUGUGCCUGCGCCUGCGUCUACGCUUACUUCCUGAUUCCCGAAACCAAGGGUCUCACCCUGGAGCAGGUCGACAGGAUGAUGGAGGAGACCACUCCUCGUACCUCGGCCAAGUGGAAGCCUCAAACCACCUACUCUGCAGAGAUGGGUUUCACCGAGAAGGCCAUGGUUGCUCCCAAGGCCGAGCACGUGGAGGUCUAAUCUACGCCAUCCAGCCUUACGUUGUCCAUGUCAAAUUUGCCUUGUUUAAUCUCUUUAUGCACUUUUUUCAACUACUCACGUAUACCCAUGGUUG